GCAGCCAGACACCACUACCCUCACCAUGAGCCCCUGGCAGCCCCUGGUCCUGGUGCUCCUGGCGCUGGGCUGCAGUUCAGCAGCUCCCAGACGGCGUCAGCCCACAGUUGUGGUCUUCCCAGGAGACCUGAGAACCAACCUCACGGAUUGGCAGCUGGCAGAGGAGUAUCUGUACCGCUACGGCUACACGCGUGUGGCUGAGAUGCGCAGGGACAAGCCGUCCCUGGGUCAGACGCUGCAGCUUCUCCAGAAGCGCUUGAGCCUGCCCGAGACGGGCGAGCUGGACAGCGCCACCCUGGCGGCCAUGCGAGCCCCCCGCUGCGGCGUUCCCGACGUGGGCAGGUUCCAGACCUUCGAGGGCGACCUCAAGUGGCACCACCACAACAUCACGUACUGGGUCCAGAACUACUCGGAGGACCUGCCGCGCGACGUGACCGACGACGCCUUCGCCCGCGCCUUCGCGCUCUGGAGCGCCGUGACGCCGCUCACCUUCACGCGCGUGCACGGCCCGCACGCCGACAUCGUCAUCCAGUUUGGAGUGCGGGAGCAUGGAGACGGCUAUCCCUUCGACGGGAAGGACGGGCUCCUGGCGCACGCCUUUCCUCCGGGCCAAGGCAUUCAGGGAGACGCGCACUUCGACGACGAAGAGCUGUGGACCCUGGGCAGGGGCGUGGUGGUUGCAACCCACUUCGGAAACGCAAACGGCGCCCCCUGCCACUUCCCCUUCACCUUCGAGGGCCGCUCCUACUCCUCCUGCACCACGGACGGCCGCUCGGACGGCAUGGCCUGGUGCGGCACCACGGCCAGCUUCGACGCCGACCGCCAGUUCGGCUUCUGCCCCAGCGAGAGACUCUACACCCAGGACGGCAACGCGGACGGCAAGCCUUGUGUGUUUCCAUUCACCUUCGAGGGCCGCUCCUACUCUGCCUGCACCACGGAUGGUCGCUCCGACGGCUACCGCUGGUGCGCCACCACGGCCAGCUACGACCAGGACAAGCUGUUCGGUUUCUGCCCCACUCGAGUUGACUCCACAGUGACCGGGGGCAACUCAGCAGGGGAACAGUGUGUCUUUCCCUUCACCUUCCUGGGCAAGGAGUAUUCCACCUGCACCAGAGAGGGCCGCAGCGACGGGCAUCUCUGGUGUGCCACCACCUCAAACUUCGACAUUGACAAGAAGUGGGGCUUCUGUCCGGACAAAGGGUACAGCCUGUUCCUUGUGGCUGCGCAUGAGUUUGGCCACGCUCUGGGUUUGGAUCACUCUUCGGUGCCAGCAGCGCUCAUGUACCCCAUGUACAGCUUCACCGAGCAGCCCCCUCUGCAUGAGGACGACAUCAAGGGCAUCCAGCAUCUCUAUGUUUACUUCUAA